AGGAAACUUCUACUACACUGUAUUGAAAUCGGAGCAAGAAUGUCCGCGUGCGGCAUCCGUACCCACGUUGGUUCGUUCAACUGACGAAUGUAACAACAUGGGAUUUUGAGCUUCAUAUUUAUUUCUACUCAAUUAUUAGGUGAUAUUCUGUCAAUUCAAAAUAGUGCAGGUAGGUAACAUCUCAUUUAAGCUACGUUGUCUGUAAAACCUGUAUUUUAGUCAUCUGUUUGUUUACAAUCGUAUUUGCUCAUUUUAUCGCUAGCAAAAUAAAAACUAAGGAUGUGGUUCUGUUGAAGUUAAAGAAGGUAUUAUUAUUUUACAGAGAUGUUUCCAGAACUGAACAGUAUUCUUAAUUUCAGUCCAGACAGUUUCAAAUCGAGCGACUUUAUCUUGCUGUCUGACAGACAAACUGAUGCAUCAUUCCUCAUUCAUCAUUAUCUGUCUUUCUAUUUACGAGCUGGUUGUAAGGUGUGCUUUCUGGGUUUUGUGCAGUCCUUCAGCCAUUACAAUGCUGUCAGUCAAAGACUGGGUGUGAGUCUGACCCAGGCAAGGGACAAGGGUCAGCUAGUGUUUCUUGAAGGACUAAAGGAGUCUCUUGGAGUUAUAUUACAGGAGGACGCCAGUCAAGGGACACAACCUUUAAAUUAUCUGAGGUUGCCAGGCGCUGGCCUGGAAUGUCUGUUCAAAUUUGUGGAAAGUUCUAUGCGUCAGAGUUGGAAUCGUGAUGAUGGUGAAACAAGGGGUCCUCCAGUAUUACUCAUAGAUGAUCUAAGCGUCCUCCUAAGUUUAGGAGUUAGUGUUAAAGCAAUACUAGACUUUACCCUCUACUGCCAAGCCACCAUCUGUUUGGAGUUAAAGGGAAAUAUGGUAAUUCUGGUGAGAUGUGAGGAGGAGGAUGCAGAUGAUGAUGAAGGAUCAGACCUGCUUCACAGGGGACUCGUUCACCAGUGCAGCUUGGCUCUCCAUGUAGAGGGGCUUCCCACGGGCUACUGCAGGGACAUACAUGGACAGAUGGAGGUUUGGUGGAGACGGAGGGAAGAUGCCAUGUACAACCAAAGAAAGAUUUUUCAUUUUAAAGUCCAUGAUAAAGGAGCAUUGUUUUUCGCUCGAGGGACUUCCAGUGCUGUACUUUAACUGUUUACAAAUGAAAACAUUUUCCCCUCUUCCUAUCACUUUCUAAAAUAAUGUCUUUAUUUACUGAUAGCUUCUUUUAAAUAAAUACAUAUUCAGUAUGUAAAACUUUUAAAAGUAUCAGUUGUUUUGUCCACUUUUUUCUUUGCUUGCCACGUUAAUUUGGUUUAGCUCAAUGAAACGGGUCCUUGUAAAGGUAACAACAUACAAUGGCAGUUAUUGUCUCAACUGUUUCAUGUUUACGUGACCUUUCUGUGCCAAA